UCAGGAAGCACGCAGCGCGGUGAUUGCUGGUGCGCUGUGUCCCUCGGACACAGCGGAUCACGGAAAGAGCCGAAGAUGUCCAAUCACAGUUGAUCACAUGGGACAUGUACACUAAUCAUCAGGGCACUGAUGAUCAGUGUGCCCUGAUGAUCAGUGUGGCCCCAGAAGUGCCACCUGUCAGUGCCCAUCAGUGCCAUGUGCCAGUGCCCAUCAGUGCCACAUCAAUGCCACAUAUCAGUGCAUACCAGUGCACAUCAAUGCCACAUAUCAGUGCCCAUCUGAGCUGCCUUUCAAUGUCACCCAUCAGUGCCAAUCAGUGCCACCUAUCAGUGCCAGUCAGUGCCACCUAUCAGUGCCAGUCAGUGCCACCUAUUAGUGCCAGUCAG